AUGAGCAGCAAGAAUCCAGAACUUGAGCUGCCCGAGGGCGAGGACCGCUUCUGCAAUUUCUACAGCAAUCUUGCCAAGAAUGGGCCAGAUAAUCUGAUGCGCUUCUUUGACCGCGGGUCCUACUACUCGGUACAUGGCAAAGAUGCAGAGACCGUGGCAAGGGAUGUAUUUCAGUCUCAGGCCGUUGUGAAGUAUCUUGGAGGCCGCGCACAUCAGCUUGCUUCCGUAACAAUGUCGCCUACGGUGUUUCGAAAGUUCCUGCAAGACUGCCUGACAACGAGAGGAUUGAGGAUCGAAAUCUACCAGUCAGAGAGGAAUAAGCAGUGGCUAUGUACAAUGCAAGCGUCGCCUGGCAAUCUCCAGCACGUCGAGACGCUACUCGGCGCGACUGAUUUUGCAAGCAACCCCGUGCUGAUGGCCGUCAAAGUGACCGUGAAGGACAACGAAAAGGCGAUUGGUACAUGCUUUACGGGUGUCACGUUGCGUGAGCUUGGACUCAAUGAGUUCCGCGACAAUGAGCUCUUUAGCAAUUUCGAAUCUAUGGUAAUACAGUGUGGCGUCAAGGAGUGUCUGAUCCAAGCUGAUGUCAAGGACAGAGACUAUGAGCUUCGCAAGCUCAAGCUCGUGCUCGAACGAUGCGGUAUUAUCAUGACUGAAGUGCCUUCGCAGGACUUCAACGCCAAGGAUGUCCAAGAUGACUUGUCCCGACUCUUGUCGGACGGUGGUUCGUCUGCAAGCCUGAACCAGUUCGAGAUGAAGGUCGCGUGUGGUGCUGCAGGUGCCUUGGUCAAAUACCUUUCACUCAUGUCGGACGCCGACAAUUUUGGCAAGUGGUCCCUGUCGAAUUACGACUUGUCGCAGUACAUGAAGCUCGAUGCUUCGGCUCUCAAGGCACUUUCGCUCAUGCCCUCGCCAACAGAUCUGGGCAACAAGUCUCUCAGUGUCUAUGGCCUGCUGAACCGAUGUCAAACCCCUCUUGGCAAGCGUCUCCUUGCGCAAUGGCUACACCAGCCCCUUGUCGAGCUCUCUGCUAUCCAAGCUAGGCACAAUUUGGUGGGCAUCUUCGUCGAUGCUACUAGUCUGCGCGAUGCUCUGCAGCACGACCAUCUCAAGCUCAUGCCUGAUCUCUACAAGGUCUCCAAGAAAUUUCAAAAAGGUCUUGCCGGUCUGGAAGAUGUUGUGCGUCUGUAUCAAGUGGUCAUACGUCUUCCAGGUCUGACCGAUUUGCUCAGCGACGUCGAGCUGUUGGAAGAAUCGAAAACCAUACUAAGUACCCACUUCACAUCGAAACUGGACAAGUUCAAUGCUUUGCUGGCGAAGCUACAGGAUCUUGUGGAGACGACUGUCGACUUGGACGCCCUCGACCGUCAUGAGUUUCUCAUCAAGCCAGACUUCGAUGCCAAUCUGGGCGAGUUGCGCGAACAAAUUGAUGCCAUUCGAAAGCAAAUCAUGCUGGAACACAAGCUCGUGGGUAGUGAUCUUCACAUGGACAUUGAGAAAAAGCUCAAGCUCGAAGACCAUUCCGUGCAUGGGUAUUGUUUCCGCCUGACACGUACAGAGGCUGCAGUGAUCCGAAACCGUCGCGAGUACUCUGAGUUGGCUACUGCAAAAGCGGGCGUCUACUUUACCUCACAAAAGCUUAGUGGUCUGGCCAGGGAGUUUUCAGAUUGCAGCCAGCAAUAUUCACGCCAUCAGACAGGCCUUGUGCGCGAGGUUGUCACCAUUGCGGCAUCCUACUGUCCAGUCAUUGAGGAGCUUGGCACUCUGAUUGCAGAGCUCGAUGUGCUUGUGUCCUUUGCGCAGGUCUCUUGCCAUGCACCGACGCCGUACGUGCGACCCACUAUGCACCCGAUGGGCCAGGGGAACACCAUCUUGAAAGAGGCUCGACACCCGACUAUUGAAAUGCAGGAUGAUGUGAGCUUCAUUUGCAAUGACGUCGAGCUGCGACGAGGAGAUUCAGAGUUCCUGAUCAUCACAGGAGCAAAUAUGGGAGGAAAAUCGACUUUUAUCCGACAAAUUGGCGUGAUUGCGCUCCUGGCACAAGUCGGCUGCUUCGUACCAUGCACAUCCGCAGAACUGACUAUCUUUGACUCCAUAUUGGCAAGGGUCGGGGCCGGCGACUCUCAACUCAAAGGUGUCUCGACAUUCAUGGCGGAGAUGCUGGAGACUGCGACCAUCCUGAGUUCUGCAACGCGCAACUCGCUCAUCAUCAUUGACGAACUGGGUCGAGGCACUAGUACCACUGAUGGAUUUGGUCUUGCAUGGGCCAUCUCGCGUCACAUCAUCACACACUUGGGGUGCUUCUCGCUCUUUGCUACACACUUUCAUGAACUCACCGCACUGGCCGAGCAAGAACCUGGGGUGCGGAACCUCCAUGUCUCUGCGCAUGUAGGUGAUAUUGCCGAUGCGGAGCGAGAAAUCACCCUGCUCUACAAGAUUGCGGAAGGCCCUGCAAGCCAAAGUUUUGGUUUACAUGUUGCCGAACUCGCCCGCUUUCCCAAGAGUGUCAUUGCGCUGGCCAAACGAAAAGCAGAGCAGCUUGAGGCAGGAUCGGACGCGGAGACCGGACCAGCCAGUAAAGCGAGCAAGACUGAUAUAGAGACCUUGCGUGAGGUGCUCGUGGCAUGGCAGCAGCAGGUCAAGGGAUCUGGCCAGAUGAACCGAGGCGAGAUGCAGGCAGCAUUGAAGGAGCUCAUGGAUGUGAACACAGCGCGCUUUUCUAGUGCAUGGCUCGAUGUAUUGCGCUCGGCAGCGCGAACAUAA